AUUCCUGCAGCAAAACAUUGGCUGAGUUGGGUUGAUAGAAUGGUGCAAAUUGACAUGUGUUAGACAGUAUUUUCAUUGUUGCAAACGAAUUACUAAAAGCUGACAAGCAGACGGAGGCAACAUGAGCAAGCCCUUAGAACCAAUAUUUUUCUCAACCUGCGAGGCUGGGUUGAGCAAAAAUAAUGCUGGCAACAGCUGCGUGGAUUUUUCGGUCGCUGUGGUUCUUCCAGCCGGGGGCUCUGGAGAGAGAACAGGACUGCAAACACCGAAACAGUUCUGCAAAUUUCUCAACAGACCCCUGUUAAGUUACACAGUUCAAGCUUUUGAGAGGGUACCAUGGAUAGAAAGCAUUGCCGUUGUGGUUGCCAAGGAGAACCUCGGUUUGAUGACGGACAUUAUACAGAAGUUUCACCACAGGAAAGUCAAAGUAGUGCAUGGUGGAUCUACUCGCCAUAGAUCUAUAUUUAAUGGAAUCCAAGCCCUCUGUGAGGGAAAAGAUGGGUCAGCUGUCAACAAACCAAAGGUGGUCAUUAUCCAUGAUGCAGUACGACCCUUUGUGGAGGAGGACUUCUUACUCAAGAUAGCAAUGGCUGCCAAAGAACAAGGGGCAGCUGGUGCCAUACGCCCUCUGGUCUCCACAGUGAUUGCUACCACCCCCGACGGCUACCUUGACCACUCCUUGCAGAGAGCCAAGUACAGAGCCAGCGAGAUGCCCCAGGGUUUUCUCUAUGAUGUUAUCUACCAGGCCUAUCAAAGGUGCAGCCAGUCUGACUUUGAGUUUGGUACAGAGUGCCUUGAUCUGGCUCUGCAAUACUGUGGCACUAAUGCCAAGCUCAUCGAGGGGCCUCCAACGCUAUGGAAGGUAACCUACAAACGAGAUUUAGCUGCUGCAGAAUCCAUUAUCAAAGGUAACCUAUCCCAGUCUGCCUGUGUUAUCACAGGUGAGUCAAUGCAAGCUAGAGACAUGGCCAAAACACUGCAGAAGAUAGUGGGAGCUUUGGAAAUGCAAGUUGAUGUUAUUCCAGACCUACUUGGAGACAAUGCCAGAUCCAUGGCAAAACAAUGGAACUUCAUCCAAAUUUCUGUAAACAAUUCUUUCCUAUUGGAAGUUGAAGAAAUUAUCCGAGCUUUGGAGGAGACGAACCAAUCACUACUAUAUCCAGUGGUCAUUAUUUGGGUGCAUUUAAACGUGUCAGAGGGCUUGUCCAACAGCAAGAACAUGGAAGAGCCAGAGGGCAUGAUGGAGUUUGGCAGAGGAGCCAAGCUUAGAAAUAUCUUAUUGUAUGGCAUCCAGCUUCAUCACUCAAAGGAGGUAGAUCACUGGGAGCAGUUAGUAGGAAGAAUGGCUGAGGUCAUAUGUGCUCUGAUCCAGGACAGAAACCCUGCCCUGACUGGACAGCUGCUAAAGGUGUAAGCAGCUACCAGGAACAUCCUCUCACUCAACCCCACCCUUGACGCACCUACACACACCAGGACCCAGGAACACCCUCUCACUCAACCCCACCCUGGACCCACCCUGGACCCACCCUGGACACACACACACACACACUCAACCCCACCCUGGACCCACACACACAAUGCAUUAAUCUCAUUGCUUAUGCUGCAAACAACCAAAAGAUGCAUUCAGAUUUUCUCGACCAAUUUCAUUUCUCACAAAAGGUUUUGGUUCCUGAUCCUCAUCAGACCUACGCAGAUCCCUGUGAUGGAUUACAGAAUCGAUGUUGGGGUGGAAGAAUAUGCUGUGCCAUAAUUCUGCUGACUGCUCACAGAUGUAUUGGCUCUCAUCAUUGCCUCACAUUAAUAAUUAAGUAAAAGAACAAUGACUCUUAAUACUUAGAUAACUUUUAUUCUCUUCAAUCUUUGAAGAUUUCACAAAAACACAGCCAAGUGCAUAUAUAAAAACAAAUAAGGACUCUAAAGCUGAUCUGGACUCUUGUCAAAGCUAUCAUAUUUUGAUUCCACCAUGACUUUGCUUUAAUCAAUAAGAUGAAUGCUGAUCCAUCCUCCAGUGUUUUAGCCAUGGAGCCGUUUUCUGUAUGGAAAGUCCAUGUCAUUUGACUACUCUCCACUGGUUCUGAUUAGGGGCUACCUUCAGGACUUCUGGGUUCUGAAGCACUGACUGCUAGCAUUAACCAUAGUCAUAUUCCAUGGUUCAUGUAGAUCCAUUUUGCGCUGCCAGAUAGUUUUGUGUGGAGACUUGUGCUACCUACACACACCAGGACCCAGGAACACCCUCUCACACAAUUCGAACACUCUCCUUCAGUUCUUAUUUUGGGUAUUAAAUAUACUCAUACCCAUGUUUACCGUAGAAAAGGGUUUACGUUUAUGGAGAACCACAGCUUUUGGAUUUUAUAAAGUAAAAUGUUCUUAGAUUAUGCUAUAGCGACAUCUAGUGGGUGACGAUGGAUAGUGUGCUCAACACGGUGCCCUUGAGUUUCCGAACAGCAUUAAAAAUCAUGCUAAACUCUAGUAUUUAUUUGUGAUUUAUUGUAAUAAUUAAUCAAGGUAUUUCCUCUCUUCUGAAAACUCAACAUAACAUUAAGGUAUUGCUCUAUACAAGGAGCUUAAAAGCACAUACUUCAGAUGUAAAACUAUCCUGUAUACAACACAUUUAUCAAAAUGCCAGAUAGAUGAAAGAGUUAAUUGAGCAAUAAUUGAGGUUUAGAUUAAAGUGCAAUUCAUGUAGGGUGAGAGUGUAAACUGUAUGCUAAAGGCGCUAAUGUAUUACCCACCACACCCGUGAAGUAACACCCCAAUGCAACUGAGCUUCUGCAAAUGAUAUGGAUGCAAGUAUUUACUAUAUUUUAAGAUUUUAUGAACACCCAGGUGAAGUGUUCCGUUAAGCAACGGGGCAGAAUAAGUCUGUCACUGAAAGUGCUCCUAUGCUCAGCCAAAAUGUUGUGUAGUGGAACCCAUGUGCAGUGGGUGUGAUGUGAUGUGCCAUUACUGACAUAGAACAUGUUCAGCAUGGGCCUGCACACGUCUAAAGACAUGAGCCUCCUCAGAAAGUAGAGGCGGCUCUGACCCUUCUUGUACACAUUCUGGGUGUUACCAGUCCAUUCCAGUCUGUUGUCCAGGUGCACUCCCAGAUACUUAGGACUGGAAAACCUCGGCGUCCACUCACUGUAUUGACUACAGUCUUCCCUCUUCCUCCUGAUCUCUCUUGUCCUCCUCACGUUGAGCUGUAGAUGGUUCUGGGAACACCACUCAACAAAGUCAUCCACCAGGCCUUUGUACUCCUCUUCAUGACCUUUCCUUACACAUCCAACAAUUGCGGAGUCGUCUACGAACUUCUACAGAUGGCAUGUCUCAGAGCUGUAUCUGAAGUCCGAUGUUUAGAGAGUAGACUUUAUAAAUGGGAGUCAGCAGGAAAGACCCUUUAAACCUCUGAUCAGUGGGUUAGUUCUAUCUGGCGGGGGUCAGUUCAAUCUGAUAUUUGAACAGUCAAGUCCUGGCGCAGUGUACUUUGCCUGGAGCUGACCUUUUCCUAUGAUGCAUGUAAAACUCAUAUUUAAUACCGAGCUACGCUAAAGCCAAAGUUAAAAGAGCUUCAUCAGUGGAAAUGUCCCAAACCAGCCUGCCUUAACACUGCCAAGUGCUUAGGGUGGGCUUGGUGUUGGAUGAAGUGGUCCAAAUUGGGCUCAGCGAUUAUCUACAAUUACCAGUACGGGCAGAUCCUAUCAUUCAUCAUGGCUGAUUAUUUGUGUUUUUAGUGUAGUGAGAGCUGUGGAAGGGGCCUGUCAUGCUGUAGGUGGAGGAUGGAGAGAAUGAGUCGUGUGUUUGUGUGUAGAUAAUUGAGGUUACAGUGAUGUACCUUACAAAUGUGGAUGUCCUCUUUGUAUAAACCAAACAGCUAAGAAACCAAACAGUGUGAUGGAGGAUAAUCAGGAGCUGUUUGAGAGUCUAGACGUUUUUAAGAUGGAUUGUGAGUGCGGUCCUGGUGCUAGCCCCCUGCACUUGUAUGUCUGUGUGGUGUUGCUUGUUCUUUUGUCCUCAUAGUUGUCCUCCCUUUUUUUCCAAUUUUCAGAUUUGCUGACGUGUGUAUCCUUCCUCUGCUGGUCCAUUGUUGCAGGUGUCCUGUUACAUUAAUGCCCCUCUGGUAUCUCCUUAGUAUCGUUCAGUCACAAUGAUCUGAUUUACAUAGGUUAUAUUAGCUGAUUUGUCCUGCCUUAAGGAAAGAUGGUGUUUUGCUGAAGGUUUGUUUGGAAGUAGAUUGACCAGUCAUAAUGUCACUGCCUCCUAGUUUUAAUCUACUUUAUACUGCUGAGUAAUCUCUGUGUUUAUUGCUUUGUUCUGUUUACGCCAUUUCACAUUACUAUGAGUAGAAUGUCUAGGUAAGAAACCUAUGGAUAUGCACCUCAUCGCAUACCUUUGUAUAUGCACACUAGGUUAAAUGUACCCCUUUGGCUCGCUUUAGUUUGAUUUACCGUUUCUCCUGUCUUCCUCCCUGUUUCUUUCAGAAUGUUGUUAAGUUAAUAAA